AAGUGACUUUACCUGCCUGCCUGUGUGAUACAGAGACCCAGAAGAGGCUUGACACCACUCUGCUCUGACAACGCUGACACAGCUGACCUGAACAGUUUCAUCAGAUUGAAGAUUUGAGAAAAUAUCAGCAUCAUGUCAAAUGAUGUUAACAGGCACAAGGUGUUUCAAACCACCAAAGUGCGGACUUUACUGAAGAAUGAUAGCUGUUGGAUCAAAAAGGCACAAGAGGAAACAGAAGAGCAAUACAAAGCAAGAACGGACCAUGCUGUGGAGAUCAGACCCGCUCUGGUCAGACAGAAUUCAUACGUCCUGUCCACAGCCAAGAAAUUUGAGCCCCAAGCACCCACAGAAAAACUUAUCCAAAAUUGUGUGGCACAACCAGAAAAAUCAGUUACCAACACAUCUGCAGAAAACAAGGAAGAAUAUACUGCAGCAGAUUACCAGUCAAAUGUGCAACACAAUGACGGGGCUGCUGAGGUCUCUGCAGAGGUUCAUUUUGCAGAACGUAUCCAAAAUGGUGAAGCCCAACCAGUUUCUUCACCAAAGGAAAAUCCAGAGCAACCAGCUGCCAACACAACUGUAGAAAACAAAGGAGAACAUGCUGAUGCAACAGUUCAGCAGUCAAACGUAGAACACAAUGAGGCCAAGGUCUCUGCAGAUGCUCAUGUGGAAGAUCCAGUUGCAGAAACCUCUGCUGCGGCUGGCACAGAGGAGAGUAAAGACACGGCUGAAGUCCCUGCUGCACCUGCAGUUGAACUGAAACCUCAAGAGGAACCUUCAACCAAAACAGAGCCAGCAAAUGCAGUUGUAGAAACAGCUGUUCAACCUAUGGAGGGCAGUUGUGAGAAAAAACAGGCUGCAGAAGACAGUGUCGAAGCUGUAGCUGAGGUUGUGGCAAAGUCAUCAUCUGACACGGGUGACGUGGUUAAUGCAACACCAGAAAAAGAGGCUGCGCUUCCAGACAGUGUGGAAGCUACAGCUGAGGUUGUGAUCAAGUCAUCGCCUGAAACAAGAAACGUAGUUAAUGCAACGCCUGAAAAAGAGGCUGCUCUCCCAGACAGUGUUAAAGCUGUAGCUGAGGUUGUGAUCAAGUCAUCACCUGAAACAAGAAACGUAAUUAUUGCAACACCAGGAAAAGAGGCUGCUCUCCCAGACAGUGUUGAAGCUGUAGCUGAGGUUGUGAUCAAGUCAUCGCCUGAAACAAGAAAUGUAGUUAAUGCAACGCCUGAAAAAGAGGCUGCUCUCCCAGACAGUGGUAAAGCUGUAGCUGAGGUUGUGAUCAAGUCAUCGCCUGAAACAAGAAACGUAGUUAAUGCAACGCCUGAAAAAGAGGCUGCUCUCCCAGACAGUGUUGAAGCUGUAGCUGAGGUUGUGAUCAAGUCAUCGCCUGAAACAAGAAACGUAGUUAAUGCAACGCCUGAAAAAGAGGCUGCUCUCCCAGACAGUGGUAAAGCUGUAGCUGAGGUUGUGAUCAAGUCAUCGCCUGAAACAAGAAAUGUGGUUAAUCCAACACCAGGAAAAGAGGCUGCUCUCCCAGACAGUGUUGAAGCUGUAGCUGAGGUUGUGGUCAAGUCAUCGCCUGAAACAAGAAACGUGGUUAAUGCAACGCCUGAAAAAGAGGCUGCUCUCCCAGACAGUGGUAAAGCUGUAGCUGAGGUUGUGAUCAAGUCAUCGCCUGAAACAAGAGACGUGGUUAAUGCAACACCUAAAAAAGAGGUUGCUCUCCCAGACAGUGUUGAAGCUGUAGCUGAGGUUGUUGCAAAGUCAUCAUCUGACACAAUUGACGUGGUGAAUGCAACACCUGAAAAAGAGGCUGCUCUCCAAGACAGUGUUGAAGCUGUAGCUGAGGUUGCUGUGGCGCCAGAAAACCCUGAUGUGACAGAUGCAGCAGGAAAAGAGGUUGCUAUCCAACAUCCUGUUGAAGCUGUAGCUAAGGUUGCUGUGGAGUCAUCCCCUGAGACCCCUGCUGUGACUGGUGCAGCAGGAGAAGAGGUCGCUCUCCAAGUCAGUGUGGAACCAGUCCCUGACUUGAUGGCAGAUACUGUGCUUGAAUCGCCUACUCAACCUGCUGCUGAAACUGCAGUUAAGUCUGUAGAGCAUAAAGUUGAGUCAGCAGCCUCAGUAGAGCCAGUUUUAAAGACCGGAGCUGAAGAGGUAGUUGAGUUUGAAGUUGCGCCUGUUGUCAACACUGUUGUCGAGCAAAGUGUUGAGCCAACGCCUGAGAGAGCAGCAGAUGGUGUGGUGGAGUUGAACACCGAGGAUGCUGUUGAACCUGUCACAGCUUCAGAUGCUGAAGCUGUUCCGGAUGAGUUCUCUUACAUACCCAUUGAACUGUCCGAAGCAUUAGAUGUGGAGCCACCGACAACUGAAACUGCUCCUAAGCCUCUGAAAGAUCCAAAACAAUCCCACACCAAGGAAACCAAGCCGAACCAACACUCUGAGCAUACAAACACAUCUGAAAUGUUUAAAAAGUCCAAGGAGAAGGAACAGUCCACUCAAAAACAGAAUGGGACCAGGAAUACCAAUGUUUGUUCAUUCUGUGACAAAAGAAUUGAUGGAAAUAUCAAGCUCCACCUCAGUGAACCUGUGGUGACCUGCCACCCUGACUGCUUAAAGUGUGGUGUGUGCGCUAAGGUCCUGGGAGAUCUGCUGACCACCAUGUUCUUGCAUGACCAAGUGGUCAAAUGUGGUGGCUGCUUUGCAAAAGCUCUCGAUGCUGAAGCUUAACUGGGACAAAUAUGUCGCCGGAGAAGACUUAAAGUUAGUUGGGACUGAGGACCUCACCCCUGUUGCCCUAUUGUUUUUAAACCAUUUUUUUUACUACUGAAUGUUUCUUUUAGGACAUAGUGUAAUGUCAGGGUUAAGGGUUAAGGUUUUUUGAGAUUUUUUUGGGGCUUUUACCUUUAUUUUGAAAGUGGAUAGACAUGAAAGGGGGAGAGAGAUGGGGGACGACACGCAGCAAAGGGCAGCAGGUCGUAUUCGAGCCCUGCGCCGCUGCAGGACUCAGCCAACGUGGGGCGAACGCUCUAACUGGGUGAGCUAGUGGCCGCCCCAGGGUUAAAA